CCGAGUCCGAGGUGUGACUGGUAACAGGCCACGCCUCCUCCCCUCCAAACUCACCCACCCCGCGAAAGCUUUAAAGACUCCACCAUGUUCAUGUCGACCCUCACAACGCUCUCUCUCUCCGAUCUCAUCCCUGCUCGUCUAUUUUCCACAGCAAUCAACAAUGGGUGUGAAGCUCAACUCCGGACCAACGAUCGAGAUCAACGGCCUCAAAUUCACCUACCCAGGAAUCAACGGCCAUCCUCCACCGGGCUCCAAGCCUCUGAUCGAGGACUUCAACCUCACCCUCAACGCUGGCGAUCGGUGCCUCCUCGUCGGAUCCAACGGCGCCGGCAAAACCACGAUCUUGAAGAUCUUGGGAGGCAAGCACAUGGUCGAGCCCCACAUGGUUCGCGUGCUCGGAAGGUCGGCGUUUCACGACACCGCCUUGACCGGCUCCGGCGACCUCUCCUAUCUCGGCGGAGAGUGGAGGCGAGAUGUGGCUUUUGCCGGGUUUGAUGUCCCGAUACAGAUGGACGUUUCGGCCGAUAAGUUGAUCAAUGGGGUAUCGGGGGUCGACCCACAAAGGAGAGCAGAGCUAAUAAAGGUUCUGGAUAUUGAUCUCUCAUGGAGGCUGCACAAAGUCUCCGAUGGUCAGAGAAGACGAGUACAGAUCUGCAUGGGCCUGCUCAAGCCAUACAAGGUUCUUCUGCUUGAUGAGAUAACUGUGGACCUUGAUGUGCUAGCAAGAGCUGACCUUCUCAAGUUUUUGAGAAAGGAAUGUGAAGAGAGAGGCGCCACAAUCAUUUAUGCUACACAUAUAUUUGAUGGGUUGGAGGAUUGGCCUUCACAUAUUGCUUAUGUAGCGAAUGGAAAGUUGCAGCUAGCUUUGCCCAUGGAUAGGGUUAAGGAGAUGUACAAGUUGUCACUCAUGAGAACAGUUGAGAGUUGGCUGAGGAAGGAACGUGAUGAAGAGAGGAAGAGAAGAAACGAGAGAAAGGCAAAGGGCCUUCCUGAGUUUGAGCAACAAAAUGAGGGAAGCGGCGGUGAUGUUCGUGCAGUGAAUAAUGGCUGGGCAGCCGGACGCUUGAAUUCCACCAUUGCCGGAGAAGAGAACUUUGUCUUCAGCUCAAAUAGAGUUCUCAGGCAAUAGUUGCUUACACUUGUUCUGAUUUUCCCAGAGUUAUGGGACUUUGAAACCUUUGUAUUUCAAUCUAUUUGUACCUUGUAUUCAAUUUUAGUGUGUAUUUCAAUCUAUUUGUAUUCUUUAUGUAACGAAAAAUGCCAUGAGCUUGGCUUCUCUCCA